GCAGGCGCUCUGGUGCUCGCGGAGGACGCAUCCUUCCUCGAGCGCACAGAUAUUUCUGCCGUUGGAGCGGCUGGACUGCUAACCUUGGCUGCUCCAUCGGCCUGCCUGCCCCUUACCUGCCGAUUGCCUAUGAACUUUUCUUCUGUCUGCACAUCGUCGUCAGAGUCGUCGAGAUCGUCGUGGCGCUCGCGUGAUGGCCUUGUCCGUUUAGAAUAGUGUAGUUAGUUAGGGACCAUCAAAGAAGAAAGAAGACGCGAUUGGCGCGGAGAUGCCGGAGAUUGUCAGUUACUAAACGAGGGUAGGAUAUUGGAGAGAAACGUGCCAAACCUAGCCGGGGGACGCACGGUCGCCCACCAGGAGGUCGACUUGCCGGCGCUUCCCCUCGCGCCGAGCUCCCUCCGUCCGUCUUUCCCUCCGCCGAGGCGCGAGGUUGCGGCGCGCAGCGCAGCGCAGCGCACUGACUGCCGCGGGCUCCGCUGGGCGAUUGCAGCCGAGUCCGUUUCUCGUCUAGCUGCCGCCGCGGCGACCGCUGCCGAGUCUUCCUCCCGGACGCUAGUGGGUUAUCAGCUAAUGUCCACAAGCACAGGCCAAUGAACAGCAUGCUUCAAAAGUAACUAUUGGAAGAUACGAUAAAUUCAAUCUGUUAAUUUUCUCUUCUCAAUUUUAAACAUUGGAUACUUAAGACUGAAGCAGUCAUGGUGAACCUAAGGAAUGCGGUGCACUCGUUCCUUGUGCACCUAAUUGGCCUGAUGGUUUGGCAAUUUGAUAUUUCAGUGAGUCCAGUAACAGCUGUGGUAACUGACAUUUUUAAUUCCUCCAAUGGUGGACGCUUUAAAUUUCCAGACGGGGUACAAAACUGGCCAGCAAUUUCAAUCGUUGUCAUAAUAAUCAUGACAAUAGGUGGCAACAUACUUGUCAUCAUGGCAGUAAGCAUGGAAAAGAAACUGCACAAUGCCACCAAUUACUUCUUAAUGUCCCUAGCCAUUGCUGAUAUGCUAGUGGGACUACUUGUCAUGCCGCUUUCUCUGCUUGCAAUUCUUUAUGAUUAUGUCUGGCCAUUACCUAGAUAUUUGUGCCCCGUCUGGAUCUCUUUAGAUGUUUUGUUUUCAACGGCGUCCAUCAUGCAUCUCUGCGCCAUAUCGCUGGAUCGGUAUGUAGCAAUACGUAAUCCUAUUGAGCAUAGCCGUUUCAAUUCGCGGACUAAGGCCAUCAUGAAGAUUGCUAUCGUUUGGGCAAUUUCUCUAGGUGUGUCAGUGCCCAUCCCCGUGAUUGGACUGAGGGAUGAAGACAAAGUGUUCGUGAACAACACAACGUGCGUGCUCAACGACCCGAACUUCGUGCUGAUUGGAUCCUUCGUGGCGUUCUUCAUCCCUCUGACGAUCAUGGUGAUCACGUAUUUCCUGACCAUCUACGUCCUGCGCAGACAAGCGUUGAUGUUGCUGCGUGGCCACGCCCUGGAACCCCUGGGCCCAAGCCUGAAUUUUCUGAAGUGCUGCGCCAGGAAUACUGCCGAUGAAGAGAAUCCAGCAAACCCCAAUCAAGAUGGGAACCCACGCCGGAAAAAGAAGAAAGAAAAACGUCCUCGGGGCACCAUGCAGGCUAUCAACAAUGAGAAGAAAGCAUCGAAAGUCCUUGGCAUUGUGUUCUUUGUGUUUCUGGUUAUGUGGUGCCCAUUUUUCAUUACCAAUAUUCUGUCAGUUCUGUGUGGGAAAGCCUGUAAUCAAAAGCUCAUGGAAAAGCUUCUGAAUGUGUUUGUGUGGAUUGGCUACGUUUGUUCGGGAAUUAAUCCCCUGGUGUACACGCUCUUCAACAGGGUUUACCGCAGGGCUUUCUCCAACUAUUUGCGCUGCAACUAUAAGCCUGAGAAAAAGCCGCCUAUCAGGCAGAUACAGAGAAUAGCGGCCACUGCUUUGUCCGGGAGGGAGCUUAAUGUUAACAUUUAUCGGCAUACCAAUGAGCCUGUGGUUAGGAAAGGCGAUGACAGGGAGCCCGGUAUAGAGAUGCAAGUGGAAAAUUUGGAGCUACCGGUAAACCCUUCUAAUGUAGUUAGUGAGAGGAUUAGCAGUGUGUAAGGCAGAGCAGCCCAGUCUUCUUCUGGGGAAGCCACAUUAGUAGGAAAAUCUUAAACUUUUCUCCGGUCAUAACCACUGUAAAUAUUGCUGUCGGAAACAGUGUUUUUAUAUAUAGCUUUGCAAACUUGUACUUUACAAUCAUGCUUAAAAUAGUGAGAUUUAAGAUUCUAUAUUUACUGUUUAUAAUAGAUGGAGACUAUUUUGAUUCUUUGAUGGAUAAAGUGUUUAUGUUUUUAUUCCUUUCCCUCCUCUCCCCCAUCUCCCUCUCUCAUUUCCCUCUCCCUCUCUCUCCCCUCUCCCUCCCUCUCUCCCUCUUCCUUAGAAAUGUUGAUGUUCAUCUCAGGUGGCAUUUGCAGGAGACCAGAAUGAUGCACAUUGCAGUGGUUGUAUUUCAACCACACCUAAAUUGACAAAUUCCGUGCAAUCUUUUUCCGGGUUAACAGUAAAUAUACACUUUAAAUUCUUGCUCUGCUCAUCUACAC